AUGCAUCACCUCAGCUUCUUCAAUCUGUUCCAGCUAUCGACCCUUCUAUUCAGCUUGGCUUUGCUGGCUCAACUCCAACCUGGUGAUUCACUUUCAUCACCCAAAAUAAGUGUCAACCGACGAGAUCUCCUUCAGACGAUUGGAUCUGUCACAGCGGGAGGACUCCUUUUGGGUGACACGACGACGAACCCGCAAGCGUCAAUAGCAGCAGCAGCAGAAGAAAACCUACAAGGUCCCAUUGCCGUCCUCGGUGCCAGUGGCCGCACCGGUGCACUCUGUGUGGUAGCGUGUUUAGAGCGUGGAAUUCCCGUCAAGGCCUUGACCAGAACGGGAUCUUGGGAUUUGCCGACCUUUGCCAGUGAAUUAAAAACGGAUGGCUUGUUGUCCGUUUCGUCCUGUGACGUCAAGGACUCCUCAGCACUCCAAACGAGCCUUCAAGGUUGUCGUGCGGUCAUUUAUGCGGCAUCCGCCAGCAAAAACGGUGGCAAUCCCAAGGCAAUCGACAAUGAUGGUGUGGUAGCUGCUGGCAAAGCUUGUUUGGAGGCCAGUGUGCCACGAUAUGUUGUCUUGUCUUCGACGGCAACCACCCGUCCCAAGAGUUUGGGGUACAAGUUCACCAACCUACUGGGAGGUAUCAUGGACGAGAAGAGAAAGGGAGAAGAGGAAGUCAUCAGUCUGUUUGGCAAAUCCUCUUCCUCAUCGUCAUCGUAUACGAUUGUCCGACCCGGCGGUCUGGAAGAACCAAAAGAAAACAAGGUUCUAGGAGCUUCCACGCUGGAAGUAUCCCAAGGCGAUGUCUUGGCUGGAAUCAUUAGUCGUGCCGAUUUGGCAGAAGCAACAGUCGAGUUGGCCUUGUCCAAGGCAACAAACGUCAAGAACACGGCACUCGAAGUGUAUUACACGGAAUCGGCUCAGCCCUGCGAAGGUCGUUUCAAGUCACAAAUGAAAGAUGGGGUGCGUUUGCAUGGGGAUACCUACGAAGAACUAUUUCGAGGAAUUCAGCCAAAUGUGGAUUACUUCACUAUCCUACCGAGUAGACAAAUUGCAAGAGAAUCAUCAUCGCCGGCACACCUUACGCCAGCAUGGAUAGCACAGCUCGGUCGUCCGUACCAAUAUAGUUGA